AAAAAAGUUCCACUCGCCGCAGCCCAUAAAGAAAAUUCCCCCCCCCCCCCCCACCACCACACCCCAAUCACACUCGUCCGCGUAUAUUCAAACGGCGAUCGCUCUCUACAGUAAUUGACACCCGAUACUCCCUGGUAUCGGCUUCGCGUAAACGCCCCCAAAGCCUCGUCAUAACUCUCGCGUUCAGUCCUUCUCUAUCCUCACACCUCGCAUCGCUCAUCUCUCCCGAAAAAUAAGCCAUGAAGAGCAUCUUGACUCUCCUAUUGGUCUACUCGGAGCUUCGAUGUCAGCUGAUGUGUCUGGAGAAACGCUGGACGGGAAACGUCGACUGGGACGUGGCGAACAAUUGGCUGGGCGGAAGUGUGCCGACAAUCGAUAGCCAAGUGAUAUUCCCGCUGGAGAUGCGUCACGCCGUGGGUCUGCCUCCUCGGCUCGACCAGCAGAGGCUCAUGGGAAUGAAGCUGCCGAACGACGGUCUCGUCGCCUUGCCCGAAGACGGCAAGAUUCUGGUAGCCGCCAACAAAGGUCACUUUCAUACGGCCGUGUGGUUGCGCGAGACGCCGUUCUUCUGGCUGGAUCCGGACAACUGGCACGUGGAGUCCGAGGCUGUGCCCCAUAUGGAGAGACUACCCUGUCAGUCAGACGUGGUCGUUUUGCCUUCGAGCUCGAGGACGUUCAGCGCGAAACUGCCGGUUUCGCGGGACGUCGAGGUUCAGGCCGUGAGGCUGGAGAACGAAAACUCGACUAUGGCCAGGUGGGAGUGGAGGGCUCUGAGGGACAAGGCCGAGUUUCUGGGCAGUCGGUUCAGCGUCAGUUACGGCGCCCUGUCCAACUGCAAGAACUGUCCCUGCCAGGAAGGCGACAUCAGCGACUACUGGGAGGAGGUCUGCAACGUCCAGCGGCCAAAGUGCGGCCCUCAAGCCUGCGAGUACCCGCUCAAGGUGGAGGGCCACUGCUGCCACUACUGCGGCGGCCGCGUGCGCUUCUCGAAGAAGACCCUCCUGAGCAGUGCAACCCGGGUGGCCCGGAACAUCCUCGCCGGCUACGAGAAAAGCCUGUCCUGGCACUCGAGACAGACGUCCGACGGCUUCGGCGAAAUCCUCAUCGCCGAGAAGGGAGUCUACUCCGGUAGCAACGUCGUCCUCGGCGUCGCUGACGUCGAAGCCGCUCUUAGAGAGCAAAACAUCGAGCUUCUCUCCUCGGAAACUUCCGGCGGUCCGUUCGUCGAUCACCGGCUAACGAUGGCUCUGGCACCGUUCCUGGGAAGCUUCGCCCUCCUCGUGCUCCUCGUCAUUCUGGUCUUUCCGGCGUUCGGCUACACCUACUCGCAAGUCUGGGACGCCGCUCGGGAAGUCGGCUCGGUGAUCUGCAUCGAGCGGCGCGUCAACGGCCACAAGCGCAAGUCAUUCGCGUUCGCCAGAUUCGAGAACCUAUUCGAGGGUAACGUGCAGCUGGCCGAGGAGGAGCAGGAGGAGGAACAGGCCUCGUCGGCGGAACAGUCGAGCGGAGGCGAGACAUUCGAGAAUCCGCUCUACAGACACGAGAAGGCGAUCGGUAAGGAGAGGAAGCUGCUGGACACCAGCGAACCGGUCAGUCUCAUCGCCCUCGAGAAGGUGCUGGAAGUGGACAACAAUUCCAUCGAGGACAUCGAGAUGGAUAUUGAGAACUUGUGAUUUAAAACUUUAUAUAAUCCUUUUGUAAAUAAAGUGCUAUGAGUGAAA